UCCAGAACAACACUGAAGUACAAAUAUUAUUGAAGUUCCCGAAACGAAUGAAAGAAGGUUAAUCUCAGAAAACAUCGGUUAGGUCUUCAGGAUAAAUGGAACAUGAACUGAUUCGAGGGAUGUGAGAGCUUUGUUUUCCAGGUUUCUUAGAGACAGCAUGGGUUAGUUAAAAACCACAACAUCCUCCAGUGUGUCAGGUGUACGUGACUUGCAGUGAACUCCAUAAAGUCAUCGUACACGCACUUAAAUCGUUCUGAGAGACGAGGCUUUAUCUUCAAGAUGGACCUUUGCUUGAAGGAAGUGAGUUUGUUUUGGGCUGAGUGAAAGUACGAGACACAUCAUGCCUUACCUUGUACACACGGCCCAUGCUCAGUUUGUGGGUCUUUGCCUUGGUACAGUUGGUUGGAUACUCAUCAUAGUGACCAUCGGACUGGUGGAGUGGAGGGUUUGGGAAGUGUCCGAUCUGUCGGUUAUCAGCUCCGGUUUGGCUUGGGUCGGCAUCUGGAGAGUGUGUUUUUACAGUCAUGCUCCAAUCUUAUCCGGAAGAGAAAUAAUGUUUUGCCAAAGAAUGCGUUUGACUGAAUCAUUCCCGCCACCUGAGAUAGUUGCGGCUCAGGUGCUCAUGAUAGUGUCUUUGAUUUUGGGGCUUAUGGGUAAUGCUAGCGUUGUUUACGGCCUCAGGAAUAUUUAUUUUGGACUGAGCAAAUUCAAACCCAUCAGAAUUGCUUUUUGUGCUGGCGGUGUUUUGUAUAUUCUCACUGGAGUUACUACAAUGGUUCCCGUUUUUUGGAAUCUCAGUUCUGUUGUGAACAACCAAACCAUCGAUUUCCCUUCAACAUUUUGCAUGCCUUCUGCUCCUGUAAACCAGUAUGCUGGUCUAGGUAUCGCUGUUGGGAUUUUCGCAUCUGCACUGGUGGUUGGUAGUGGGGUGGUCUUUCUAUCCUACAGGCUUCCAGUUGUGUUGGAGCCCAAAGUGAGUCCGUCCUGGCCUGGGGAAGGAUGCUCGGAAAAAAACAGAAUCCAUAUGAACAUCCAUGGAAUUGACAAUCCAUCUUUCUUAACUCAAGAGGACUGCUGAGUAACUGCAAACUAAUUAUUGGUGUUUGCUAAGGCGAGCAUCACUCACAUCACUCACUAGCAACAUUUUGGCAACCACCAACAACACCCUAACAUUGUGGCGGCAACUUUGUGCACAGGCAAUCACCACUCAUAUUUCCUUUAGAAAAUGUACAAAUGUAGUGUUUUACCUGAUGUUUGUGUUUGUGAGUAAAAGUGUUUAGAUGUCAUAAGAUAACAUUGUGUGAGGAACAGGUGAAAAGUAAGUGUCUCGUGAUUUGUCUGCAUGUGAAUAAAAGUCAUUGUUUUUGUAGUUCCUCUAGUGUUUAUUUCACCAGGAAACUGCCGCAAUAAGUACAACAAGCCGCGUAAAAAUUAUUUAGCAAAAA